CUAGCAGCCCCUGGAUUGCGAGCUGUUGGGAGCCAUGGUUGAAGUUCCCCCGCAAGGUACGAGUUCUGUCCGAGAUGGAAAACAGCAGGUUGCUCGCUUGGAAGUGUCCUGGAUGUGCAGCGGAGAUGUGGCCUGUGUGGUUGAUGCUACUCCCAACAUGACAAUCGAUGACUUGCGCUCACAGGUCUUGGAAAGGACUGCGGUGCCAGUUGAACAGCAGAAGCUGUUCUGGGAAGGGAGUGAGCUGUUCCACCAAGCUGACUUUAUGCGUGUUGGCUCUGGUGGUGCUAGCGGCCACCAGGUCAUCCAGCUUGUCCGCUGUCACAGCGACCCGCGGAAUACGAAUCGAGCAUUUUUCAGGGAGAACCUCAACUUGCAAGAUGGACCAGUUGGAAGCUUCUGCCAAGUGAGAAAGCUGGGCAAUGCAAUCUUUGGCGAGGUUGGGAUGUACAAGUGGACCAACGCCGAUGGGCUCGAUGAGGACGUUGCGGUGAAGUGCAUCAAUGUCCAGAAGGCACGCCAAACUCUUGAAAAGGACACAAAUGAGUGGACAGCGCAUCAAUCCCAGCACAAUGUUCCGCAGCCUGAGGACGCAUAUGCAGAAAUUGGCGUCCUGCAGUACUUGUCGAAGCAGCCAGAUCUUCCAAACUACUUGUUGAAACUGUUGGGUGCCUUCGUUCAAGACUCCAAUAUAUGGCUGGUGAUGGAACUAGCAGAUGGUGGCGAGCUAUUGGAUGUUGUGUUGUCGCAGAAGUUGGCUGACACUUUUCAGACGAGGCGAUACCUCUGGCAGACCUUGCAAGCAGUGAAGUACCUUCAUGCUCACCACAUAGGUCACCGUGAUAUCUCCCUGGAAAACCUGCUGCUCAGAGGAGACGAGAUCAGGCUUGGGGAUUUCGGCAAUGCCGUUCCGAGCCACUCCUCGACCGGACAAGAAUUUCGGUACUUCUUGACGGUGGGAAAAGACACGUACCGGGCGCCGGAGUGCAUCGUUCCUCGACGCUCAAAAGCUAUGGUGAUUGUCCCGACCAAUGCGGGUCCUGAAGACGUCAUCAUGCAUCGAGAAUCGGGUGGACUUGGUGGCCUUUACCAGGUUCGUCUGCCCAAAGGCGCAAUCCGUGGUCAGAUGUGCCAAGCGGAAGUCUGGGGAUACGCCGUACAGCCCGCGGACAUAUUUUCCUGCGGUGUAUGCUUUUUUUGUAUGAGCUAUGGAAGUGGUCCGUGGAUCAAAGCCGAGCUCACUGACGAACUCUUUUACCAUGUCUAUGCCAAUGGAGAUAAUGGCAUGAAGGACCUUCUCAGACACUGGGGCAAGCCCUUUCUUGAAGCAGAGGCCAUGGAGCUCCUCUUGUCAAUGAUUCGCAUUAACCCGUUGACCCGACCUUCAGCUGUGAGCUGCCUGGAAAGCAACUGGUUCAGAGAUCAGAAUGCAGCGAGGGAUGAUGAGAUGCUUUAGUCAGCGCAGCGUUUGCGCUGCUGACUUGCUGUGAGUGCUGUGAGUCGGUGAGCCCUCCUGCGAUGAGCGUGGGAAGCCGCGUUGAUCGGGGAGGAGCACAGAGGGGUCGUAACAGCUAUGUAAGAC